AUGCAACGCUAUUCUCGCUUUCUGCGACGCAAGAGUGACGCCAUUUCAUCUCGCACCGGCUCCUGCAAGCAUCGAGAGAAGAUCUUUGUUGGGAACCUUUCGCCGAACACUACGGCUGAGGAGAUCCGCUCCCUUUUCUCUCAGUAUGGCAAAAUAUCUGAGUGUGACAUUGUGAAAAACUUUGGCUUUGUGCACAUGGAUGACAAAGCAGAGGCAGAUGAAGCCAUUCGAAAUCUUCACCAUUACAUGCUGAAUGGUUUGGCCAUGAAUGUGGAGAUGAGCAAAGGGAAGCCCAAGACCUCUACCAAACUUCACGUCGGGAACAUCAGCAGUAGCUGCACCAACCAAGAACUCAGGGCCGCGUUUGAGGAGUAUGGUCCUGUGGUGGAGUGUGACAUAGUGAAAGACUAUGCAUUUGUUCACAUGGAGCGAGUGGAAGAUGCUAUGGAGGCCACCAGUGGCUUGGACAACACAGCCUUUCAAGGCAAACUGAUGAGCGUGAAGCUUUCGACUAGCCGCCUGCGUACCGCGCCGGGAAUGGGAGAGAGAGCGGGUUGUUAUCGGUGCGGGCAGGAAGGCCACUGGUCCAAAGAAUGCCCAAUUGACCAGAACGGCUCCUACAGAGAGGGCCCUGGCUCGGCAGGAUAUGGGUCCCUCAGGUUCGGUGAGGGUGGCGAAUGUGGUGGCCGGGGGUUUCAUCGCGGCGACUACAGUGGCGAGCCGGCCUUCGGUGGCAACUUUUCACAUGGCUUCUCCAGGGGAGCAGCGUACGGCGUCCCAGGGUAUGGAAGGGGCGCGGGGUUUGAGAGCGCAGUGAGUUACGGUAUGCCAGCGGGCUACAGCAUUGGCGCGGAUAAUAGCAUGGUCCCCACGUACGGCAGUGAGGCUGCGUAUGGGAGCAGUGGCGUGGCCUAUGGCGGUGCGAUGCCUGCGUACCCAAUACGGCGACCACCCUAUGAGGAAAGAGAUCCGUACGGGGUGGUGGACUUCUACGAGAAAUAUCGGGCACGUCCGUACGGAGCAAGUUAUUUUGAAGAUAGACGCGCGGUUCCACCUCCUGUCCCUCCUCCCCCAUCCUCCUCGGCGGUCGUGAGAGAGCGCCUGUCCUCCUCUAACCAUGACCCAUAUGAGCACCAUCCCCUUCCCCAUCCUCCGGCUCCCACCUCUUCAUACUAUGUCCGUGAGCGGAGCCCGAUCCGGCGAGCUCCCCUAGAGGCGGAGGGAUACGCGUAUGAGCGGUCGCGCCUCUCUCCUGUCUCUUCGCUUUCCAGGAGCUCUGCGUAUGACGUAACGCGGGAUCCAUAUGCCGCUAUGCGCUAUGCUUACUAGCCUAAUACCUGUGCGCACUCAGGUGUUUCUUGGUUGCUCAUGGAUCAUUUUAGAGGUUGUGAUACAUCCUGUUUUGCCUGGGCCAAGGACAGUACAGAUGCCCCAUUUCCUGGCACUAAACUCCUUUUGUCGUCUUAACAAACUUGAUGUAGCUGUUUUUUUUUAUUUGAUGUGUAAAUAUAUUCUUCUCGUUAAUAAAAGUUAAAACAAAAUCUCUUCUUUUUCUGUGUAAAUCAUAGCAAUUGUAUUUGUAUUGCAGUUGCUCUGGAUGUACAUUAUGGAAAAUGGUGGAAAAUUGAAUCUUCAUUUGUUUUUCUCAAUGAAAACUUUUGCGCAAUAACA